GAAGCGGAGCACCUGCUUGAUGAGGGCUGUAAUCCUGAGGUGGCUCACCUGCUGCAAGAGACGGAGCUGCAGUGGAAGUCACUCCUGAGGAUCUGCCAGGAGGCCCAAAGGCAGAGCCUUGUCCAUGACUUUGAGGCUCACAGUCAAAGCACGCAGUCCUGGUUGCGAGAGCGAGAGUGCCAGCUGCAAGCUGCUGGCGUCCGCUCGCCUCCUGAGUACAGCCGCCGCCUAGCGCAGGAUGUACUGCAGUCCAGACCUGAUGGUGACUGUCUGGUCGAGAACCUGGGGAGUUGCGGCCAGACCUUGUUUGACCGCCACGAUGUGGACGAAGACCAAAAAUGUCAAGUUCAACAGGCAGUCAAAGACGCAGAGGAAUGUUGGCGCAAGGUUCUGCAGGUGGCUGGACAGCUGAAGGAGGAGGCCGCGGCACAGAUCAACCAAGAGGCGGAGUCCAGAAACUCGGAGCUGAGGGCAUUCCAAAGCUUCCUGCAGGAAACCGAGGGCUGGCUCGCUGACCUUCAACAUCACCUGGAUUUGCUCCCUGCUCAAGUCACAGCGCAAGAGUGGCUGCAUGCCGCGCAGAGCAUUGUUAGCGCCAAGCACACCGGAGAUGAGAAAGUCCAGGAGCUGAAGAGGCACUCCCGGCAGAGUGUGUGCGCUCAGGAGCCCGGACCGGAGCUUUUGCGUAAGGCAGUUCAGAACGCCGAGGACCAGUGGAGGGGAAUCCUCGAGGCCGCCAAGGCAGCGCUUCACGCGGCAGAACAGCAGAUAGCUCAAGAGGAUCAGCUGAAGGCGCACCAAGAGGCCAGACGGGAAGUCCGAGCCUGGCUGCAAGAGAAGCAACAGAACCUCAAUUCCCUGCAUCUUGGCAAGGACCCCCAAGUCACCAUAAAAAUGGCGCAGGACAUCCUGAGCUCCAAACCACAAGGCGACAGCAAGAUGGCCGAGCUGCAGAAACAAAGUUGGGAUCUCUGCCAUGGUGCCGACCCUGAGUCGCUCACAGCCCUGGAGGAGCUGUGGGCGGCACUGUUGCGCGACGCCGAAAAUGCCCUGAGCAAAGCCGAGGUCCUCUACUCACUUUCCCGGGAGCUGCAAGCCUUUUUCAGCCAGGCGUCCGGCGCCCAAGCCUGGGUGGACCAGCUGCAGUCGCAGCUCGACAGUGUCAGUAGAAUGGACGCUCGAGGUGGCCGGGCCCAGAUAGAAGAGCGGCUCAGCACGGUGCACAUGAUCUUGAGCUCCGGAUCCAGUGGAGAGAGUCGACUGUGGGAUCUGCAGAGGCGAGCGCAGAGCCUGGGCGACCACCAGGACUUGGAACAGGACAGCAGACUGCAGAUGCAGACCAAACUCAAGCAGCUGCAGGAGCAGUUUGGGACUGUGCUGCAGGCAGCAGAAAGGGCAAGCAGACAACUGCAGAGUGUGGAGGACCUCGUGGUGUCCUGUUUGUCUCAGCGAGGACAGGCCGAGGCUCGUCUGGCCCAACUCCGGACGGAGACAUCCAAUCUGCCUUGCGCCUUCCCUUGGCCCGGCCUGGGUGAGCGCAGUCAAGCGGCGGAAGGAGCCCGGUCCCUGCUGGACAAGGCCUCGGCGAUGGGACCCCUCCUCUUAGAUCUACGCACGCGGGCCGCAGAGCUGUUUGAGGCCACCCAGGACCCCGACUGGGCUGAUUCUACCUGCGCCGGCAUGGUGUAUUCCGUCUCGGCCUUGCUCCAAGACCUAACGGACACUGCAACCCGUCUGGAGCAAGGAAUUGUGGCCGAGAGGCGAGUGGCCCAGCUUCUAGAACAGCAUGAAGCGGCGCAGGAUUGGUUGCGAGAGCAGGUGAAAAGACUGGAAGAUCCUACGGAUGACAGAGCACGUCUUCAUGGGGCCAUCAACACACUCAAGGCCUUACUCCAGACCGUAGACCGGGAGCAGAAAGAAAUGAAGGAGCUGGAUGCCGCUAGAGAGCAUCUGCUCGGCCUCUGCACCUCCGGAGGCGGCGAUGCACUGACACUAGCGGUCAGCCACCUGGGCGAGCUCUGCACCACCUCGGAACAGUACCUGAGGGAGCGCUUGAGGGCCUGUGAAGCCCGCCUGCGGGAGCUGGACUGCCAGGCGGCACAUCGGACCCAUGAGCUGAAGGAGAAAGCUGCCGCCUUGCUGUGGGAGUUGAGUUCUCUGGACCGGGUGCUCGGCCACGUCGGAUCGCAGAAUGGUGUCUGUCAGAUGCAGCGUCACUGGGACAGCCUGCGGAAUUGUGAAAAGUCGCUGCAGGAGCUCCGUGUCCACAUUGACAUGCUCAACCGGGAGCUUGCUGCUGCCGACAGGGAUCUUCCCAGCGAAAUAAGAAUCAUGGUGCAGUCCCUGUGCCAGCAACAUGAAAGUCUAGAGUCAAGACUGAGCCAGCAGCAACGAAGCUGUUCCACAAACAUGGCUUGCUGUCUCAGCCAUUCCUUGCAAGCGCUGCAGGACUGGAAUGGCAGCGAGCCUUCGCGAUCCGGCGUGUCCCUGCAGGAUCCCGAAGAUGAAAGGCAACGGCUGCUGGCUGUUCUUGGCGAGGCAUUUGAGCAGCGGCAAUUUUUGAGCGACUGCCUGGACCGGGAUGUGUUUGAGCAACUUUCACAAGACAUCUCUGAGGUUCUCAGAGGAGCGGGGACGCUGAAAAUGUCUCAAUGUCAGGAGGAACCCAAUGCCAAGGGUGAAGCCACACCUAGUGUGAGUGCUAUUGCCGCUCUGGAUGCUCAGCCCAAGGAGGCAAAGAUGUCUUUGGUGGCGCCACCACCGCGGAAGAACAAACAAUCAGCUGAGACAAAGUCUCCAGUUGAGCAAAACACAUUUCCAACGGCAACAAAUGAACAAGUCGCUCACUUUGUCACGGACAUCAUUGAAUCUGCCAUCUCUAAUAAAGCUGCACUAGAAUUGGAAAGUAGAAAAACAUCCUCAGGUUCUCACUUUGGCACAGGAUUCUCUCAAGUUGUUCACAUGAAGGAAGGGAAGAUUUCUCCACCUGCAAGAAAGUCAAAGAGCGUCAAGUCUUCCACACAAGUACCUGUAAAAGAGACGACACAAGAAUCGAAUCUCCAUGACCGGGAACAUCCAGUCUGCGAAGAAGCAACAGAAGUCUCUGCAAGUGGGCAAGCUUGUGGCAUGACUGAGGUUGUCACAGCAACGAGACACGCUGACAUAGUAUCUGAGCAAAAUCACCCAGAAGAGGCUGCUGCCGGAAUCGCUCAAUUUGCUACUGUGCACCAAAGAAAUCUCUCACCGCCCGCAAGAAGAUCAACAAAUAUCAUGCUUACUCCAAAGCUGCCAACAGCAGCCAGGGAAGGUCUGGCAUAUGCGGCAGAAACAUCUCAAGAGCACACAAUUUGUGAGGAGGCACCAAAGGAGUCUGCGAGCCAGGAAACCAGAGUCGGCACGGGACUGAUUGAGUCUGCAAUGAGACAACUUCCUCAGGAAGUGGGGGGAAAAUCCUCAGCUUCAGUAGUUCCCAGCUCUGAACCCGUUGAAGCGGAAGGAGAGAUUUCACCACCCAAAAGAAAAUUGAAGGCCGCCGAGCCCCAUUUCCAUAAAACGGCAGAGCAAAAGUUGCAGGAUAGUAGUGAGCAAACAAAAGGAGUCGUGGCUCCACGGCCACCGAAAAGAAAGCCAAAGCGCUCAACCGCCCCCCCGCCAAUUCCCAAAGAGGGACACCCCGAGAGGCUCGGAUGCGCCGACGUGGCAUAUGCUGAAGAAUUGGCAAAGCGCGAGAUGAUUCCACAAGAACCUCCAAAGUCCCCCAAACACAAAGCUGCCUCACUCUACGCUGAGCCAGACCUCGCCGCCACUAACGUGGCUGGCCCUGAGCCCGCGGCUUCUGUUUUGGUGGACGGCAAGCUAUCAGAGAGUUUCAAGGUUGCCCCAAGACCCAUUGAGACAAGCCCAGUAGCUGUUGAGCGAGGCGCCUCUGAAAAUGAUGAAGGUAAAAAUCUUGCUAAGCCAGCCCAAGCUCUGUGCAUCACACAAGUGAGCUCACCCGUGCAAGCCGUUAUUGAGUUGGAACUGCUCGAAGUUGCGAGGGAACCAGCGGGCCAAGCCAACGCCAAAGACGUUGCGGUUGACAACGACAACGCAAAAAGAUGCCUCUCUCGAGAUGGAGCUCCAGUGGAUGCUUUACAACUGAAUAUUCAGAUGGACAAAGACUUUUCUGCUGAGACUGCACUGCAAGGGGAAUCUCCCAUGGUUUUAGCAGCACAAUUGGUGGAGAUUGUAUUAUGCGACGAGGCCGUGGAAAAGACCUGCCAGGCGGAGAUCAACCUGCAAAGACCGACUGACGACGAGGAGCACGACGGAGCCUCCUUGCCUGUGGGUGCUUUGCAAGAUACUCCUGUGACAAUUCACAUGGGGCCCCAUGUGCGUCUUGUACAAGUUGAGAUAAAAGCAUGUCAAGAGCAGAACAAAGACAAACUCGAAACAGAAGUGGUGGAAGAGCCAGAGAAAGCCACGGACGACGAAAUGUCUCCGGGAGGGAAGCCAGACACCAGCACAGAGCGAAACGCGGGCAAAGCCGUGUCCGUUGCCCAAAAAGACAAAGCGAAGUGCAACCACGAGGAGAAGCCACCGCAGCUCAUCCAAACGGAAGAAAUCGGCACAGUGCCACUGGCUGCAAGUCUUGUUGACGCCCACAUGGCUGUGACGCAAGAGAGCAAAAUGAAAGAGCUAAGCCAAGGUGAAUCUUUAAUGACAAUGCCACGAGAAGAAUCUUCAGAGAGCCUCGCUGAGGCUCCCUGCCAGCCUGACCCCGAGGCGAAUGAGGUCAGCCAUGGUGAGACUUUGAUGACAAUGGCACGAGAAGAAUCUCCAGAGCUCGCUGAGGCUCCCUGCCAACCUGACCCCAAGGCGAAUGAGGUCAGUCAAGGUGAGUCUUUCAUGACAAUGCCUCAAGAAGAAUCUCCCGAGAGCCUCGCUGAGUCUCCCUGCCAGCCUGACCCCAAGGCGCUCGCUGCGGCCCAAACAGAAGCCCGGCAAAUGGCUGCACCAACGGAGCAAAGCCAGAACGCCAGUAGGUGUGAAGUGUACGCAACAGGCACUUUGCAGAUGCGCCAAGCCAGCGUCAAGAGGUCCGAGUCGGACACUGACGUAGCAGAAAGAGCUUCGUUGACGGACAUCUUCUCAGAGCUGAAGGCAACGGCAGAGAUGGAAAUCCUUCACGAGGACUCGUGUAACGAUUGUCUAGCAGAGCUGUUGAGCUCCACAAGUGGCGACCCGAACGUUUUGCUGUGCGGCCUCGUGUCAAACCUUGUGAGCUGUAAGAAUCGCUCAGCCGAGCUACAGGUCGCUGCUAUGAGCCGGCAGCUGAAGGAGGCUAAGAAGUGUCAUGACACGGCCAGGGAGCAGGCCGCCCUCCUGGAAGCGGAAGGUGACUCUCUGGAGAAGCGCUGGAGUGCAGCUGCUCGCGAUGCAGCCGCCGUCGUAAUGGACAAAGUCCAGCGGCUUCAGCUUGUACAGAACUUUUUUCAACAAAAUGACAAAGUCAAGACCACCUUGGAACACUUGGCAGCUCAACUGGAUAUGUCCAGACUCGCCCCAGCAGAGAGCCACCACCAAGAGGCGGAGUGCCUGAACUCCACCAAGAGAGCUCUCAAGGAGAACCGUAGCGUCCUUGGGGAACUGCUGGACAUUCACGCAAGACUGCAUCCUCUCCUUGGCCAUGCGCACCGCGCAGCUGCAAAGAAUGUGAUUGAGACUCGACAAGAGGACUGGAGAGCGCUGGAGCGCGCCACAGAGAAGGCACUGCAUCGGUCGGAUGUUCAGGCCCGGAGUUGCAGCGAUCUCUUGCUGGAGUUGUCGUAUCUGCGGGUACACUUGAAAUUGCUCAGUCAACAGCUGGAAGGGUCCCCGUGGGACUGCGCCAAAGUCACGCAGCUGAUUAUUCCGCAUGCCGAGGUCAAAGCCGCCCACGUCAAGUAUUACCACUUGAAGGAGAGGUCGGAGGCGCUGCCCUCAAACGUAUGGCCCAAAGAACGAGACGAGAUCAAGAAAGCGCUCGCCAACGUCAAGGACCAACUUUGUCUUACGGAGGAGUGGAUGGCCUCUAAAAUCCAGAUAAGCGGCGAUGCCGUCACCAAGAAAGUCCUGACCCUGGGCAGGGACGGUCUCUCGUGGGCCAAGCAGAUGGAGAGCAGCAUCGAGGGCAUGUGCACCAGAGUGCCUCUGCUCCCCGAGGAGGUGCACCAUCAGCUCCGGGCCUUGAAAAAACUGCAGUCACAAGUCAUGGCCAAACACAGACAACUCGAGUUACAGGUGAAGGCGGCGAUGGAACUCCUGCCGCAGCUGGACGGAGUGGAGGAAAUGCCCGCCGUGCGCUCCAUGCUCGAAUGUCUCCAAGAACACUCAAAGUUGCUCAUCCAGAAGCUGACUGACGCCACCGCGCACUUGGAAUCGGGGCUGCGCAUCAGAGAAGCAGUGGCCGAGCGGAUUGCCCAUCUUGAUUACUGGGUGGGAGCUCAUCUGCAAAGAGAGAUGCUGGAGACCGUCCGGACGGACUUUGCGACUGCUGAUGUCGAGAGCCAGGAGGUGCCAAUCCAGGUGGAAAAGCAGUGCGCCACCUGCGAGGCGCUUUUCAUGCAGACCAAAGACAUCGCUUCGGAGCUCAGCGUGGCGGAAAGCUGCCAGCUCUUUGACAAGCUCACCCAGCUCCGGGAAGACAUCAGCAACAUUGGCAGCUGCUGGCGGGCCGAGAGGAAGGAGUUUGAGGAACACGCACGGUCUGUAGACUCCAGUGAGAGGGAGCUUGUCACCGUUGAACAUAGCCUGAGGCGGAUGCAAGACCAGCUGCACCAACUGAGAUUCCCCACCCUGACAGAAUCCCUGGAGGUGUUGGAAUACUUCCAAGACCAGCUUUUGGAGCACCGCUCUACGAUUGGCCUACUCUGGGCCUGGACUCAGGAAGUGAAGACGAAUGAAUUUGACUCAGUCAUUGCCGAAAUUCAGAACCAACUGACGGCCCUGCGACUGAAGGCCAGCGAGCAACACAAGUACCUCUACAUGAGGCAGAAUGCAGAGGCCCUGAAAGAGGCUAUGGAGAAGCAACUUUGUCAGACCAAAGAAGACACACGGGCAAAGGAGCGCUACAAGACAUACCACAAGCUUCUGUGUCAUUUUCCUCUGAUCAAAGGGCGUUGCAAAGAGGUCGUGUCCAAACUCCAGAUGAUCUCCACCGACUUCGACCCCGCUCAGCUGCGCUCCGAGCAACGCAGACUUCAGCAAAAUGAGGAGAGCCUUCAAAACGCGAAGACGAAAAUCUUUGAGGUUCUCGGCGCCGUGGAGUGCGCACUGCUUCAAGAGCUGGAUCUGGACUCGGAGAGGAAAGCAAUGCGAGCCUUCCUUGGGGAUGCUCACCGGGAGCUCCAGAAGCCCAUGCUCAUGGCGCCAGACGAAGCAGGGAUCCAUAGGCAAUUCCAAAAAGUAGUCUUUCUGAAAAAUACUCUUGAGUGGCGAAUGAGAGCACUGGAACUUCUCAAGGAAGGAAGCGCACGUCCGGAUCUCCGAGAAUUGACCGACUGCGUUCUACGCCAGUGCGACUCCCAAAUGGACAACAUUUCUGAUGCCAGGACAUCACUGAGAAACUACACCCAAACUGUCAAACGAGCACUGCAGUUCUUGAGGGACGUUGAGAUCUCUCUGCUGCUCCUUCCUGGAGUCUGUGGUGAAAAGCUGGAGGAAACCAAAGAGGUCUUAGACUCACUGGAGGAUCACUUCCAGACUCACGUGGACCAGCUGAGCCAAGUUGCCCUCGAUCCUUCCCUGUCCCCGCUGGGGGUAGAGCGUCUCCAGGAGAGUACUUUGAGUCAACUCCUUGUGAGGAUGUCCACACUUAAAGCAAAAGGCUACAUUCAGCUGGAGAAUCUCAGCAGCUGUGCCGAGAACAACAGAAAAUACGCAAAAUCCCUCGAGGGAAUCAGUCUGCAUGCCAGGAACGCAGAAGCCAGUCUGGAGUAUUUUGUCUCUCGUGAGGCCCAUUCUCUGGACGAGUGCACCGAGCGGCUGCGAGAGCUCCAGGUCCUGCGGGCCGAUCUGGACUCUGCGCUGAGGCAACUGGAGGACAUGGAGGAGUGGUGUCCCGAACAGCGAUGCCAAGCGCAGCGGGAGACCUCCGCGGCGGCCGCCUGGACACGUGUGAUCAAACUCCGCCUUGGCUCGCGGCGCCUCAGCGUGAGACUCGAGCAAAGGAUCGUCGAAUGGAGCGACAUCGCCCGCAGCGUGGAGAAAGCCUCUGCCGCGCUGCGGCAGACAGAGCAGGAGCUCCCCGAGCUUGCCCCCUUGAUGGCCUCCACCAAAGAACUGGUUGACCUGCAGCAGUGCUGGGAGCAGUACCGGGACAGACUGGACUGUGAACACGGCGCACUAUGCGCCCUGGAACAGCGCGUCGCCAGGCUGCUGGGUGUCCCCGACGGCACGGAAGAGGCGCCGCCCACACCCCUCUGUCAGCAUCUGCAAGCCAUACGGGCCGCCUACGGCAGGGUCAUGCGGAGUAGCCGAGACGGUUUGGAACAGAUAAAGCUGGAGCUGGAGGACAAUGAAAAAUUGCAGGAGGAGCUGCAGGUGGUGUGGGUGUGGUUGACAACGGCUGACAGCCUCUUGUCUCAGAUGGAUCCAAGCAACGGCAUAGUAGAACUGAAGGUGCUCCAUGGCCAGUUGUGCGUCCAGAAAGCGCUGGUCCGGGGCAUUCGGGAGCGACUCAAGUCAAAGUACCUGGAGUCGGACGUGGUCCCGCCGGAGAUCCACGGACGACUGCAGGAGGUCCAAAAGGCUCUGGAGCAAGUUCAGGCUAAGGUCGAAGAGGCCAUGGAGACAAGCGGACCCACACACAGAAUCGAAGCCGAGCUGCUGGAGACUCAAGUUGGCCUGCGCUCAGUGCAGGAGCGGCUGCAAGACAGGAGUUGCAAAAUGGCGGACGCAAAACGGGCUCAGAAGCUGGUGUGGGACGAGCUGAAGAAGUGGCACUCGCAGGUGGCAGUGCUGGAGGCCGAUGUGCGGGACCACGCGCCGUCGCUGACGCAACGACUGGCAGCGGUGCAGCAGCUGUGCGUCCAACUCACUGAGCGGGCCGAGCAGAAGACGGCGCUCAUUGGCAAGACGCAAGGUUGGCUGGAGGAGCAUCGGGAGAUGAUCACCAGCUCCAAGAGUUGGAUGUUGGAGUCGCAGGCUUGGCUAGCCACCCCCCGCACGUACACCACCUCCAAAUGUCUGAGUGAGCACGUCACAGCGCUGCAGACGGUGUUGAAGGACGCCGCGCAGAUCCGAAACGCCUUGGAGAGCUUCUCUUCAGUCUUGGAGCAGAUGUCUCAGGUGGUGGACGUCUCAGCUCAUUGGGAGCAGCGGGCGGAAGCCGACCGACAACUGGCGGCCGUCCAGAACAGCUUUGCCGAAUCUUUGUCGCAAAUGGAGCGCGCCGCCGCCGAGGUGACGGCGAUGGAGACAGAAGCCGUCAUAAUGGAGACAGAUGUGGCCGAGAUCAAGAGCCUCCUCUGCUCCCCGGAGACAUUGUCCAGCCCCAAGAAGAAACAUCUCAAGAUGCUCGAGCGGAGGAUCCGCUCCAUGAGGAGCAACAUUACCGACAUCCAGAAAGCCAAAUUGCUCCUUCGUCUUCCGGAGAAGACGGACAAGACCUUGACUGUUUUAAGGCUCAUAAAUCAGCUGCAAACCUCGCUGCCGGACCUCGAGAAGAAGAUCCAGGCUCUAUCCAUCCAGCAGCUUCCCGCUCAACGGGCUCGAGGCGAAAGCCGGCAGGCAAUGUCCCUGAUGGAGCUCAAGCUGCCCAGCAACUUAGAAGAGAGUGAGGAGAGUGAGGAGAGUGAGGAGAGUGAGGAGAGCGAGGAGAGCAAGGUCGACGACCCCGAGCCGAACGAGGCAAAGGAAGCCGCGCCUGGGCAGAGGCACGCGGGGGUGGCCCACAUCGUUACGCCUCACGAGGACAGCAUGCCCGAGAGGAGCGAGGUCAGCAUGCCAGAGAGGAGCCAAGCUUCACCUGAACAAAGUCAAGAGGCUUCGGGCGCCACAGAGCAGAAUUGCUUUGAGGAUUUGUCAUCCUCGCUGGAGUCUGUCACACAUCCCAAGGACCCCGAAGCCAUGGUAAACACCUCCACUGGCUCCAAAAGUGCAGCUGCUUCCCAGCAGAGAUGCUCACUCUGCUAGAUGUAGAAAGCCUCCAAGUCUUCUUCACGAGUUAGAAUUGCAGCCUUUCCUACACCUCCGACGUCCCGCUGGCUCAAGUUAGUGAUGUCAGGUUUGAGCCCCAGCUGAUACCCCAUUCUAGACCCAAGGACAAAGAACCGAUCUCAGAACACUGACGAUGAUCACGACGCACUUGGAAUUGACUCCAGAAAAGCAAAACUCAGACAAGACCUGGCCGGUUGGGCCUUGGAAGCGCGACGCCGCUUUGUUCCCUUGUUAGAUUCAUUCAAAGUGCCGGCAUCGGAAGAAGCCCAUGACGCAUCCAAAUCAUCGUAAGGUGGGGCUGGCGUUUUCUAGAGGGGGGGAAAAAAAAAAAAAAGAUUGACUGUUGUCAAAAUGUGUACCACCUAGUCCCAGAUGAUUCAUAGCCCAGCCAGGCGUUUGCUGAGGACCUACGACAAUUGUAUGCAACCUUAGCAGGCGCUAUAUCAGCGCCAUGACGCCAGCUCCUCCCAAAUGGCCGAGUAGGGCAUGAUUUAGAUGCGUAAUCUGCACUUAUCCGAUGCAUGGGUAUUUGCGCUAUGAACGUUCCUACACAUGAAUGUUCAAUUGCGAACAAAUCGUAUCCUCGUGCUCCCGCAGCGACACCAUUGGCUAGUUGUUAUGGGAUAGGCUAAAGUUAAUCCGGAGAGUGGCGUGGACGAUGUCGCUUGUAUGCAUGGGUUGAGCAUGAGAGCCGGCGACCCGCAUGAACCUGACGUGGUUUUUUUUUGGGAGUGGGGUUUUGAGGAAGCACACACUAAUGGACACACGUGGUGACUCUGUUUGCUAAUAUGCUAAUCAGCUGUUUGUGUUUUCCACACGCCACGUCUGAACUUUGCAAACAUUCGCAAUGAGACGGGGCCCGAAGGUCGCGCAGAUGCUCUUUGACGUGUUUAAUCAUUCAACUGACGGCCGAUGACAUGAGCAUUACUUUUCAUUAAAGUCACCAUGUGCAAGUUUUUUUUUUUUACCUGUCAGCAUGAAGUCUUGAUAGGUCUGCAUGAAUAAGAUCUUGCUCUUUUCCUUCCUGACUCGCUCUUGUAUAUUCAAUAAAUCUGCAGCAGUGA